AUGACCGAACCAUCAAUCACAAACUUCCUCCUCCGCUCCCUCCUACCCCCAGACGCCGCCGACUUCAUCCACAAUAACGCCCUACACCCAUCCUCGCCCCUCCAGCAGCUCAAGGCUCAGGCCCUGGCCGCCGCCUCCCGCACCUAUGACGAGCUGUACCCCUACCUCGCACCCGCCGUCGACGCGACGCUCGACUUCCUCCACUCUUCGCCCGAGCUGGUGUCGUUCGCUGUGCUCCUGGCCCUGCUGGCUGCUACUGUCAUUGUAUUGAACUGGAUCCGGAGGGUGGUUGCCUUCUGGACGGCGCUGGUGCUGCGGCUGGCGUUCUGGGGGGGAGUCGUUGUCGUCGUCGCGGCAGUGUGGCAGAGGGGUGUGUUUGAGACGGCGAGGGACGCUGUUGUUGUGGGGGGCAAGGUUGUUGGGUUCGCGGCUGCUGCUAAGGAUGUUUGGGUGAGCGAGUAUAGGAGGUAUGAAGAGGAGACGAAGGUGCAGGGAAACAAGUAUCGGUAA